CUUCCUUGAUUUUUACAGCUGCAAAGUUGUUUCAUCAAGUGAUAUGAGAAAGAACGAAGCAUAAAGCUUCGACUGCUUCCCAUCCAUAAUGGUGGUUGCUUUGAAUUGAAUUGCUCAGAAUUUACCUCAUGUAAGUAGUUGCAAAAUGUUUACAUUUUGUGAUGUCUUACAUGAAACAAAACAAAAAGCGCAAACAAACUCUCGAGAGUGUGCAGUAAGGACUGGAAAUCAGUUAACGUCACUCUCCCCACCCCCUCCCCAGUUCUAAUAAAUGGUCGAGUUGUACUGGGUCCUAAAGUUCUAUUCGCUGGGACAUUCGCGGGAAAGAUAAUCGAGCAAAUUUCCUGCAUCUUUGACAUGGAUGAAGUCAAAGGCACUGAAAAUAUGCAUUGCUGCAGUUUUGACGAGUGUCAAUUUCGCCGUAUUACGACUUCAGAUGGGAGAGUGGAGGUUCGUGCUUCUGUGCCAAAGGGCGGUUUCUCGAAACUACAGGAACCGAAGGUAAAAUGGAGAAGAAUCGGAGACGCCGUAUUUCACCGCGAUUGUUGGGACUUAGUGGUUAAAACAUGUCGUAUGAGGAGUAAAAAGCGUGCCCCGUUUGUAAUGAGCGCAGCCGAGAAGACUCUGGUGAAAGAAGCUUUGAAAACGGCCGAGUUCCAUGACUCGCUUGAUACUUUAGCCAACGAAGCUUCGAGAAUUGCUGAUCUCAUCAAGAACGCUGAACACUGUGUUGCAUUUACGGGUGCUGGGAUUUCUACAUCGGCUGGUAUCGGAGAUUAUCGAGGGAAAUCGGGCAAGUGGACCGAGGAAGACAGAGGAAAUCUCAAUACAGAAAUUCUGAAUCAAGGUGAUGAGCCCAAACAGAAGAAGGCUAGAACUGAGGAUGUUUCUGGCACACAUGGUAAUGUUGAUAAUGAUGAUGACAGUGAUAAUGGCAAGCAUGAUAAUGGUGUCGAUGAUGGUGUUCCAUAUGAAGAACUACGGCCUACAUACACCCAUGAAGCUCUUUGCAAAUUAGUUCAGUUAGGAUUAAUCAAACAUAUCAUCAGUCAAAAUGGUGACGGACUUCAUGGCCUCUCAGGAAUUCCAUCAACAAACCUAUCUGAGCUGCAUGGCAAUGUCUUCAUUGAGAAAUGUGAAAAGUGUGGAACUCGUUAUGAGAGACCUUUUUAUGUUCUUGACGAUCAUGCAAGUUUGUACUAUGAAGAACUAAACGAUCUUGGUGCCACAACUGUGAAAAAACCCAGGCAUGCUAAAAGAUGCGACCUGUGUGGUCUGUGUCACAGAACAAGUCGCAAAUGCAAAAGAAAGGGAUGCAAAGGACACUUAAUUGACAGUAUCAUCAAUUUCCGUGACAAUCUUGAGGAAGAUAUUUUCCAUACAGCCCAGGAACAUGCCGCAAAAUGUGACCUGAUGUUAUGUCUUGGUACAACAAUGACUGUCAGUCCUGCCAAUGAACUAGUGGAGAUGGGAAAACAGCCAUUGAGAAUUGUUGUCUGCAACAGGCAAAAGACAGAUGUGGACAAACUGUGUGUUUCUCAGGAUAAGAAGGGAAUACAGCUAGGUUCUAGGGUCUUUGGAGACUGUGACAGUCUUUUGUCACAGCUCAUGCAGCAUUUGAUGAACCAUGAUGAUUUACGGAAGUGGGAGAUGGAACAAACUGUCCGCAUGAAGGCAUAUGACAAGAAGAGGACCAAGAGCUGAUCAAUUUGAAAAUGUAUAAUUAUUUUUAAUUAGCCAUGCUAAGCUACAAUGUAGUGUUAAGGUGGAUUUUCUUUACAAUACUUUGUCAGGCCAUCGCUUAGCCCUAUUUGACAACCAAUUUACAAACCAUGAUUUCUGGGCCUCAUAACAUGUUAAUGCUUUGUACCACAAGAAUGAAAAUGCCCGUUAGGCCAAUUUUUUUCACUCAAAUCAGGUCAGCAUCUCACUGGGUGUAAAGUAACCUUUAAGCAACAAAUAAGAGAUACAAUGCAAAUCAACUUUAAUGAUGACCCUUCCGUGUGAAGAGAAUUUGUAAAGUUUUCAUACCUAAGCGAUCUAGACCACCAACACAAGAUUAUGGAAGUUUUUUAUGACUAUUUUAAUUAUCAAAACAGUUUAACAUAGCUUACAGUUUAGAUAUUUCAGUGUACUUAUGAUUAAUAAAAGAUUCAACUUUUGCACUCACUUCAUCUUGGAAGGUAGCAGUGAAAAUUAUAUCCCAGUUACUUCUAUCAUGAAAAUAAUGAUUUAUAUAAGAAAUAGAAAACAUGUACCAUGUUUCUAUUGAGU